UCCGCCUGUGUGUGUGCCCGCGGUGAAUUGGUCCAGCAUCCCUGCGCAGGCGGUGGGGCAAAUAUAGAUGUGAAAAAAUAUCUCUUGAAAAAAUGUAAUCGUGGAAUAAGUUUUCGGGGUUGGCUGCUUGCAAUGAAGGACAGAAAAUAUGGCAGACUGGAUUUUGUGCUGCGCCUCUGUGGAGGACGGACCGUUGCAUUGAGAGAAAUAAUGCGGAAUAUUUCCCCACAUAGGUGUUAAAGCAUAAAAUACAAGAUGAAGAAACAAUUCAAUCGGAUGCGACAGCUCGCCAACCAAACGGUGGGGAGGGCAGAAAAAACAGAGGUGCUAAGUGAAGAUCUGUUACAGGUGGAGAAACGUCUGGAUCUCGUCAAGCAGGUGACACAUAGCACACACAAGAAGCUAGCUGCUUGCCUGCAGGGUCAGCAGGGGACUGACACGGAGAAGAGAUCUGUCAAGUCACCUUCUAAAAAACUACCACUCACGAUUUUGGCACAAUGCUUGGAGGAAGGUGCUGCCGUGUUGGGAGACGACUCUCUCCUGGGUAAGAUGCUGAAGCUGUGUGGGGACACAGAAGAGAAACUGGCCCAGGAGCUUCUUCAGUUUGAGUUCCAGAUUGAGAGAGAUGUAGUGGAGCCUCUCUAUGUCCUCGCUGAGGUGGACAUUCCCAACAUCCAGAAACAGAGGAAGCACUUAGCUAAACUUGUCCUGGACAUGGACUCAGCACGAACAAGAUAUCAGCAGUCAUCCAAGUCAUCCAGUCAUCCCAGCACUCUGCAGCCUGGCACCAAGUCUGAAUCGCUGAGAGAGGAGAUGGAGGAGGCAGCAAAUCGGAUGGAGAUUUGCAGAGAUCAAUUGUCAGCAGAUAUGUACAAUUUUGUGGCCAAAGAAAUAGACUAUGCAAAUUACUUCCAGACACUGAUAGAAACACAGGCAGAAUAUCACAGGAAGUCACUGGAAAUUCUUCAUAGUGUCCUGCCCCAGAUUAAAGCUCAUCAAGAGGCGUGGGUGGAGAAGCCAUCGUUUGGCAAGUCUCUGGAGGAACACCUGAAUAUUAGUGGGAGAGAGAUUGCCUUUCCCAUAGAAGCCUGCGUCACCAUGCUGUUAGAGUGUGGCAUGCAAGAGGAGGGUCUCUUUAGAGUGGCUCCAUCAGCCUCUAAACUAAAGAAGCUUAAAGCCUCCCUGGACUGUGGAGUUCUGGAUGUGCAGGAGUACUCCUCCGACCCACACGCCAUUGCAGGGGCACUGAAAUCAUACCUCCGUGAGCUCCCCAAGCCGUUAAUGACCACUGAACUUUAUGAUGAAUGGAUUCAGGCCUCCAAUAUUCAAGAUAUGGACAAGAGACUACAAGCUUUAAUGACAGUGUGUGAAAAACUCCCCACAGACAACUUAAAUAAUUUCAGAUAUCUGAUCAAAUUUCUAGCCAAGCUGAGUGAAUAUCAAGAUUCAAAUAAGAUGACUCCUGGUAAUAUGGCUAUUGUCCUUGGACCUAACCUGCUGUGGACUCACACAGAGCCGAACAUGACAGAGAUGAUGACCACUGUGUCCCUACAGAUUGUUGGCAUCAUUGAACCCAUCAUUCAGCAUGCCGACUGGUUCUUCCCUGGAGAGAUUGAAUUCAACUUGACAGGCAGCUAUGGCAGCCCAAUCCACACCAACCACAACUCCAACUAUAGCUCCAUGCCCUCACCAGACAUGGACCAAUGCGAUCGCAAGCAGCAGCAGCACGACCAGAGCCGCCGCCCACUGAGUGUCGCCACUGACAACAUGAUGCUGGAGUUUUACAAGAAAGAUGGCAUUAGGAAGAUACAAAGUAUGGGCGUCCGGGUUAUGGAUACCUCCUGGGUGUCUCGCAAGGGUUCAUCCACAUUGGUACGGAAGACUUCCUCCACCCCUCCAGGCAUGCAAGGGCCUUGUUCUCCUGCAGACACGCUCAUCCCCGAACAACCUGGGGAGCUUGCUACCUCUCCAUCGGCCACACCACCACCUGGAGAAAGGGUUUGCUCAGACAACGUGUCGCCCAAUCGGCCGGACACUUCUCAUGCCCACCCACCCCUUGGGGAGGACCGGCCACCUCCCCCUUACCCCACCUCCUCGUGCCACGCUGCCCCCCACCACUUCUAUCCCAAACCCCCGCCCUGCGCUCGCCCUGUGGCACCAGGUCCCGAGUCCCAGCCCCCUGGCUCACCCCCACCCCCACUGCGCUGGUCAGGCUUCACUCCUCCUGCCCCGCCUCCUUCCUCCUCUUCCUCUUCAUCCUCUUCAUCACUUGACAUCAAUUCAAACCCCAAACCUAGCUGUCUGCACUUCCCCAAGCACAGUCCACCUGGUGACAUGUCGCAUGUCCCCCCUACCGACACAAAUGCUUCACCACUCUACAUCAAAACCCCUUUGGUACUAACCCGCCAUGACCAGGCCCUUGGCAACCCCCCUAGCCUCCCUUCGUCCGUGCCCCCGCCCCCACCGUGGGCUGCCUGUCCAUGUGCCCGAGAGAGAGGACCCCCCAGGCUGACUAGUACAUUAAAGAGUAAAGAGCUUUCCCCUGUAAUUGGACACAAAGCCAUCCAAGUGGCAGUUCCAACAGUGCCCCCCAGCAGCAGCAGCCCUCAGAGCAGCAACCAGUCACCCCACUCCACAGAGCAGAGUCCACACACCUUACGCAAAGGCUCCAAGAAGUUGGCCCCUGUGCCUCCCAAGGUCCCUUACGUCCAGUCUGGAGGGAUGUCUGACCAAUCCACAGGUCAGCCAUCACCAGUCAGCCUUUCCCCAACACCUCCUAGCACCCCUUCCCCUUAUGGAUUGACCUGUCCUCCAGGGCAAGUACCACCAUCCUCCCCUGGGCAGACUCCACUUGGGGCACACCACUCCCUUUCGUCGCCACCCUCCUUGACAGGAACACUCACCAAGUCAAGGCCUGCCCCUAAACCCAGGCAGAGACCCAGUCUACCCCCUCCUCAGCCGCCCACAGUUCCCCCAGGGCUCUCUAGCCCAGCCAUGGCCCCAAUUCCCCAGCCUCUGGAGCAGGGCCUUCUGGAUGGACUGUCUCCUGGAGAGAGCAUGUCUACAGAUAUCUUCAAUUAUGAAAUCCCCUCCAUCAAUGUCAAUCUGGACAGCCUCAUCGAUGAGUUCAGCGGUGCCCCCUGCAGGAGGUCCCUGGCAGUGACAGACUCUCCAGAGGGGGACGCUGUGCCUGAGGAGGAGCCCCAGAGCACCAUUCUAUGACCUAUGACCCUGAGGCAUCAUUUACCAGCACCCCAAUGGCUAAACAUGCUCUUAACUGUUGCAGCCAAGGCCUGAUGGAAACACUAACUGGCUUCACCAAUGCCCACCUGAAACCAGAACAUGAACCCUCCCUCACAUCUGCUGCAGGCUGCAAAGAAACUCGUCUUUUACAACUGCUCGCUAUUACAGUAAUGUGACUAAAAGAAAAACAAAAAAACACCAAAAUGCCAUAGUGGAGGAACAGUUGCCUUUAAGAGGAAAGACUGGAAUAUAGAUAAGUAUUACAUUAAAAGAUUUUUUAUUGAGUUCUUUUUUAUUAUUAUUAUUAUUAUUAUCAUUUGCUUUGCCUAUCUCUGUUGUUUAUGCUUUAGUGUAUAAUUAUAUGUGGUUUUCUUUUUUGCCUUAUUUAAACAUGCAAUCAAAUUGCAAUAUGAUAUUCGCAAGUUGUACAAGUUUUGCUUAGGGGAAACUCAGAGGCCGACAUGGUUAGGAGAAAAACCCAUCCUCAGGUUGAAACAGAGACACAAAAUGAGAGCGUAGUCUGGUUUCAUUGCUCACAGGGUAUUCACGCUUUGUGCACAUUAGAAACAUGCUGAGCCCUUUGAGACAGGCUUUGUAUACAGGAUUAAACAGUUUUAUUCUUAAUGUCACUCCCACCCUCGUCUUUACUUCUCUUCCUCUAUCACAAAGUACAACUCUAGUGCUUUGUCAUUUACCUUUGUAUAGGUAAACUCACUUUAACUCACUUUAUACUGUACCAGCACAGAAUAUGAAGAAUGUGAUUGUAAUUCAAGCUUUUUUACCUUGCAUCUGCUAUUCAGUUUGGAGGAAAGCAACCUGAUGUUUUUUUUUUUUUUUUUGCAUGAUAAGUGAUCAACCUGCUUCAGAUCAAGGGCCUCAGAAUGGCAGUGAUUUACUUUGUGUGAGUGUUAAAGUUAUUUUUCACCUCUGAGCGUAAAGUUAUUCCCCAUGCCUGUUCUGCUGUUACAGCUUGGAUGACUACACUGCCUUUAGGUUUGUGUGAUUCUCUCUCUCUUAACUUUGUUUCAAGUGCUUCAGGUUCAGUGACCUUUGACCCCAAGUGUAAAUACAAAGACUGUAUAUAAAUUGAUGUAUAUAAAGUUGAGAGAAAAAGUAUAUGUAAAAUGCAUAUCUUGAACAUAUAAUAAUAAUAGUAAUAAUAUAUGUGCUGAUAUCUAUUGUGUAGAAAAUGUAAUGAUUAAGAAAAAAGUUUGUUAUUUUUGUCCCUGCACACAAUGAA